AUGUUCAUCAUCAGUUGGGUUACGGCGUUGAUAACCUUCUUCUGUUUCGCAGCAUUGUUCCUCUACAUCUUGCAUCGAAAACCGGAUGUGAACUGGGGCUCAUCUACUCAAGCUCAUAGUUAUAAGAAUGCUCUUGCUGGGAUGAUCAAGUUAUCACACACUGAGGAGCAUGUCAAAAAUUAUAGGCCACAGCUGUUAGUGUUGUGUGGAAACGCUGCUGCGAGACCAUCACUGAUUGAUUUCGCAUACAACAUUACCAAAGGGUCAUCUUUGAUGAUCUGCGGAUAUGUUGUUCCGUAUAAUCCUUCUGAUCGCGUACAUUCUGUUAUGCGGAAGUUGGAACGUCAACUGAGCGAAUGGUUGCAGAAGAGACGAGUGAAGGCUUUCUAUGCUGCCAUUGCAAACGUCAGUCUUCGCGCCGGUGCCCAGUCUUUACUUCAGGUCUGCGGACUUGGCAAAUUACGGCCAAAUAUCAUUCUCAUUGGCUUCAAGACGAAUUGGUACCGAAAUGGCCCAAUACCUGAAACAUUAGACGAAAUGAACGAGUAUUUUGGAACAAUCCAGGAUGCUUUUGAUAGCAAUAUGGCAGUCUGCGUACUUCGAAAUGGAAGUAUGGGUCUUGACUUUAGCGAAGCUAUGAAACUUUUGAAUGUGGGAGAAUCUAAACGCCUGGACAUAAAUCUGGAUGAAAAUGCUGGAGAAAAAGAAAAGUGGGUUACAUCUUUAUUCGUAAUUUCCAAAUAGUU